AGAGUAUAGAACUGUGAUUAAUAUUGUGUUCUUGCUUUGCAACUGAAAUGGAUCAAUUUUUGAACACUUUUGGAGGAGUGGCUAUCCCCAAGAAGCCAAGGAAGAAGUCAACGACUUCAACCAAGCAAGUGGAUGAGGGGAGGGCUAGGAAGGAGGUAGUGCCCACGACUUCAGCUGAGACGGAGGAGGAGGUGCCACAGUUGAAGAGGAAGGGUUGGGGGGAGAGGAGGGCAUUGCAGAAGAAGCAGAAAGUGGUGGAGGAGGAGGAGAGGGGGAAUGAGGGCUUUGUUCCCCCGUUGGGACCUCAGAGCAGCCUGUUUGAGGCGAAGAACAUGACGGGGGCUAGGUGGUUCAUCAACAGCACCUUCCCUGAAAUGGACAGACGCAACGCGCGGGAUGAAGCUCUGAGCUAUGGUGGAGCGUCUGUUGUGAAGCACGUUCUAGAGCGCGAGCUGGGUGAAUGGUCUAGCCUAGGAGUUCAUGGAGAGCCUGAGGGAGCGCUCACUCUUGCAGAGGCAUUGGAGCAGGAGAGGGCUUCCCUGAGCACCAAGCUCGUCUUUGAGGAGAGCAAACGUAGGAUCUUUGAAAGUGAGCGUGAGGCUCAGGCACAAGAAAUAAAGUUGAUGAAGGAGGCUUUCGUGGAGCUGAAGGAGAAUGUGCAGACCCUGGUGCACAACGGAAUGAAGGAGCACAUCAGCAACUUCAUCAGCUCCAGCUCGUUUGACAACAUUGUCAACCUGUACCGGCUGCCCACUGCCAUCAUUGCUUUCACAGACUGCAGAAAGAAGGUGAAGGCUGUAUAUCCUGAAGUGGAUGUAACAAAGAUCACCUUCGGCGAGCAAGAAGAAGGAGUAGAGGAGGAUGGCGAGAGCAUGUCAACAGACUUCCAUCCUCAGAUCAAGCUGAGGUGGGAGCAUGGUGCAGACAGUCUUGUUGUUUUCCCUCCACAAUUCGACUUCGAGUUCGUUGCAGUGGAGGAAGAAAGGGCAGAGGUAGAGGAAGACGAGGUGGAGGCAAGAGUGGAGGGAACUGAAGUGGAUGAGAGGCAACCAAUUCCAAAAGUGGAGGUUUAUCCAGUUCCUUCCGACGAUGAGCAGCCUCCUCUGCCAGACGAGCAGUAGCCAACACAGCCACCUCCUCCGGCUGAGCAAGAGCCAGUGGAGUCACCUCUCUCAGCAGAGAAAUAAUUUUAUUUCUUAAUUUUUUGUAAAGACAUUUAAACAGUUUGUAAUACUGUUACUUCGUUAAAUGAAAUUAUAUAUUUGUUUAUGUUUGGUUUAUAUUUUUGUUAUUUUUUAUGAAUAAAAGAACUGAGAGUAC